AUUUUAUAUUUGCAGAUUUACUUUCAAAAUUGAUACUUUGCAAAAUUACUGCACAAUUCUCCCACAUUAAAUUUUUCUAUCCCUCCUAUUAACAAUGUUACAUUUUUAUUUAACAUGAUGCCAAAAGCUUUCCAAUAGAUUUGCAAUUUCUCGUUUUAGAAAUUAAAAUUGUUGUGUGGGUGGCAUAGAAAAAUUCAGAGAAUUAGAAGUAAUUUUGUAAAUAAGGACCUCUUGUUUUACAGUUGAACCCACAGUUUCCCUAGGUUGUGUAUAUGCGCAACGGUUCUCGGGAACUACAAAGCUUUUAGAUGACUAAUUUUGCUUUCUUGUUUGUUAGAUUUUAAAAAAUUAAGCUAGAACAAAAUCUUAUCAUACUAGAGCUUAAAUUCUUUCUUAAUUAAGGCCCCAAAUAUUCAUGUUUCUAAUUUACACUCCAAACGUGUCAAUUUCCUUAAAUAACACGUGCUCCUUAUAUUUGACAGUAGCUAGUCAGUUUUUAUAUUGUUUGGAUAAAACAUAAUAAAGUCACUGUGUAAUUAGAAGGAUGAAGAUCUGAGCGCACGAUGUAAAAUUAGGAAAAUUUUGGUUCUAAAAUGAUACCUUAAUUAAUAGAAUUGGGGGUCAAAUUAACGGAUUUGGGGUGCUGUUUAGAUAUAUGACGAAGAUCGGUGGUCUAAUAUAGAAUUAGGAAAGAAUUGAAGGUGUCUAAUAUAACAAAAAACCAUUUUUUUAGGAUUAGGACCCUUUCCAUUACCAAAAAAGAAGUAGAAGAACCACUACAUAAAUACAACAUGAUAUUUUUUUUGAGUGCAAAUUAGAAAUGAGUGUAAUACAUGAGGUUGGUAAUUAAGUGUUAGAUAUGGAAUGCAUUAUAAUCAUCCACUAGAUAAUUAAGGAACUAUUUGGUUAGUGGAUUGUAUUUUGGUGCAUACUAUGAGUUUAGAAAACCCUAUACUCAAGAUUUUGUUCGUUUAGGAUGAAUUUUAAAGUGUAUAUGUAUGAGAGAGAAAAUUCAACCAAAUUUUGUUUGGUUACACAUGCAUUUUAUUGAGGAUAUGUGACUAAAAUCACAAAAUCGAGUGAAAUUAGCAUAACUUUUUACAAUCACAUUUGAUGCAUUGAUUUUACAUGUCAAAACCCAAAAUUCGUGACAUGAAAAGUGACAAACAAAUAAUAUAUAUGAUAAUAAUCUAGAAUUUUAAGCUUAUGGGUCCCCUUCUUUAAUGCAAAAGCAACUAGAUGCGGGUAAAAUGCUUGGAUGUAUCUCACAUGUAUAUAUCUGUCAUUUUCAGUUUGCAAUUUGCUCCCAAAAAUCCAACUGCAUAAAUUGAAACAAUUACAGGUUAGCGACAGUGGAGCUUUCGAUCUCUCCCACGACUACGCCAACUCUAGACUCACCGAAACAACAAUCCUCGCACACCGAUUCCUCAAAAACGUCUUCCGAACAAAAGAGCUUUUUGCAUGCCGAGUCAUCCAAAUGCUCGUUUCAAGCCUUGUUCUUGGCUCCAUCUUCUUCAACCUCAAGAAUGAUCGCAUUGGUGCUAGCGAACGUGUUGGCCUCUUCGCCUUCAUCCUCACCUUCCUCCUCUCUUGCACCACCGAAGCUCUCCCAAUAUUUCUUCAAGAACGUGAAAUCUUGAUGAAGGAAACUUCAAGCGGUACAUAUCACAUAUCUUCCUACGUCAUUGCAAACGCACUAGUCUUCUUACCAUUCCUCCUCAUUCUGUCUGUCCUCUUCUCUGUCCCUGUCUACUGGAUAGUUGGUCUGCACCCGAGUUUUGACUCGUUUCUGUUCUUCAUACUUCUCAUAUGGCUCAUCCUUUAUACUGCGAAUUCGGUAGUCGUGUGUAUCACUGCACUAGUACCCAACUUUGUAGUAGGGAAUUCGAUGAUUGCGGGUGUGAUGGGGUCGUUCUUUCUAUUUUCCGGCUAUUUCAUAUCGAAGGAGGCAAUGCCAAGCUAUUGGGUGUUUAUGCACUACAUCUCCUUGUUUAAGUACCCUUUUGAGGGGUUGCUGGUGAAUGAGUUUGGAGGGAAGGGGAGGUGCUUGGAGUAUAAGAUGGGGGUUUGUUUGUUGGAUGGGGAUAGUUUGUUGAGAGGGCAAGGGUUGGGAGAGGAGAGGAAGUGGAGGGAUGUGGUGGUGAUAUUGGGGUUUAUAGUAGGGUUCAGGGUGAUGUCCUAUGUUAUACUUAGGAUAAGGUGUAAGUUGGAUCAAAAGGGUGGGAUUAAAAGAAAAUAAGUUUGAGAGAGGUGUGAAAAUGCCACCUAUACAAUAAUAAAGAUGAAAAGUGCGAGUGUUACUGUUGGUAUAAUUCUUUCUUUCUUCCUCCUCUCUUUUUUUUGGGUCGUUUGUGGGAAUAUAGUUUUACUACAUGCUUUUUUGCUUUGGAGAAGUGUAUUAAAUAUUUGCAUGUAACUGCUUACAAUGUAGAAUUAACAUGCAACCAAACUUGUAAAUUAAAUUUAAUCGUUUGUUUGGAUUAUUAUA